UUGCUGUCAUGAUUUCCCAGUUUGGUUUUUUGGGCGUCCUUAGUCGUUGUUUUUAUCUGGGUUUACUGCAUUGUUGCUUUUAGUUUCUGGAUUUUUAUUUUUUCCGCGGUUUGAUGAAUCGUGGUUAAUAAUUUCACACCAUGGGAUUUUCGCACUUCUGAUGGAAUUCAGUGUGAGGAUUUGUGGUGGGUUUUUACUGAUAUUGUCUUCAUUCAAAUGAAUGGUUAAAAUUUAUAGUGACGGAAGAAAUUUAUGAGUUUUAACAAAUUUGUAAAUUAUUCUUAUACAUUUUAUUGAGGGAUAUGGGGAUCUAAUUGAUUUCUCUCUGCAGUGCGAUUGAAAAUCGGGACUUUGUGGUACUCUCUCUCUCUCUCUCUCUCUCUCUCCCCUCCCUAUGUGUAUGAAUUGAGUUCUGAAGUGCGUGUGCAGGUGGGCGGUUCAUUAACUAAGCUUUCAAGGGGAGCCCAUCAACGGUUUGCUUACUGGGGGAAUACGGAGACUACCAGUGUAUUAUUUGGUUAUCUUUUAUUUUUUAUUUAAAUUUAUCCAUAUAUAAUGUGGGUAAAUUUAUACUAAACAAUUGUGAUAAGCUAGCAUGCCAUACGACUUUGAAAGCAUUGAUUUUGUGUUUGGUUUGGAUUUUGCAUUGUGAAUGUUGAGUUUUGUGUUGAAUUUUCUUUGUGACGUUCAGCUGUGUGGCAAUGGAUACAUUCUUCAACAGCAGCGUGUUAUCCCGGUUAUCAUAUGCUAUUCAUUGUGAUUUGCAAGGUUUCCCAAAAUAACAACAUUCAAAAAAAUGGAUGAUGUAAGAAUUUGUCGCCAAGGGUUUCAGAGAAGGGUGGUUUCACAGGAAUUGAAGCUCUGGCUCUCGGUUGAGAAGCAAGAAAUUACAAUUGAAAAAGCCAUGCGUAAUAAGUGGAAAUGUAUCACCACUGUGAAAGGGCUGCAGCUUUUUGCGGAGUUCAAAGUCAAGAGGGAAAGAAAGCAUAGAUUUCGGUCGACACUUGAACAGUCUGCAAUUAAAUUCAGAGAUUGUUGGGACUUCUCAGGUUGACUGCGACCUGGGUAAUCAGAAAAAAAAAAAAA